CAGAUCAGUGAAUGUGAGUUACAGUCAGCCUGCUCGUUUCCUUCCUUCAGUACUUGACUCAGUUCAAGGAAACUGCUCCUGUUUGCAGAGUCUCGACCCGCCUUUAGAAAAUGAACAGUACAGUACACACGCCGAUCGCUGUAUCCUCUCUCUAAUUUGCUUAAAAGAAGCAAUGAAGGACAUACUUGUACUCCUGGUUCUGCUGAAUGCCCAAACUACCAAGGUCUGCUCUCAGCCCUAUCAGGCAGACUCAGAUGGAAACUGUCGCAACAAAACAACAGAAUACUUGCAUGAUGGAUCUAACCUGUGCUGCAAGAAGUGCCCCCCUGCAUUACAGAACCAUCGGAUCAUCUUACUGCGGCAACGACUGAUUGGAGAAUGCACUGCAACUACUGACAGUGUGUGUAGACAAUGUCAGCCAGGCCAGUACAUGGAGAGCUGGAACUAUGCUCCAAACUGCUUCUCCUGUUCCAAAUGCAAACCAAACAAAGGUUUGCAGGAUGCCCAGAAAUGCUCCUUAACAACAAAGUCCAUGUGUAUAUGCCAGGAAGGGAUGUACUGCAUCAUGGGAUUUGAUGAUCCGUACUGUGCAGAAUGUCGAAAGUACAAAUCAUGCCAAGCUGGCUAUGGAGUGUCUAGGCCAGGCACAGCAACCUCAGAUGUGAAGUGUGAACGGUGCCUCAGUGGGACCUUCUCUGACUCUGUCUCCUACACUGACGGCUGCCGGCCUCAUACUAACUGUGAUGGAGGGACUGUUGUUCAGAAAGGCAAUGCUACCUCAGACACUGUAUGCGAACAGCAGACCUCAACAAAACACUCCGAGACUGUGUUCACAACCGCAAGUACAGUUAUGAGCACAGUCGCAGCAGAAUUGACGGCUCCACAUGGACUGAGAGACUCCGCACAGUCUGCCUCACCUUCUGCUUCAGAGGAUGAGUUCAGCACUGCAACAAAAAGCCAACAACCGACCACAGAGCCCAGCAGAGAACUGGCUGCAGUCAUUGCUGGUGUCACUGGAUUCCUUUUGCUUUUAAUCGCCCUCAUGCUGUUGUUCCUUUGUAGGCAAAUGCGGAAGAAAGAUGAUGAAAGGCUACAUACUAAAGUAGAUGCAAAUGGAAACUGUGAGAGUGCUGAUAAGAGUUAUUUGGGGGAAUCUCAGGUGACUUCGUUCACAGUUGCCUCACCAGAACAACAGUGUCUGCUGGAAAAAGGGGAAGCCAGCAGUGACCACAGUCAGUGCAGCAACAAUACUGAAACUUUAACUAGAACAGAUGGCUACAGCAGCCACGAGUCCAUCAGCCCUUUACAAUCCACUUUGGCUCUUGACAAUCCACAGUCUGUGCUGUCAGAGCCCAUGACUCUACUCUCCAACAUGGAGCCCAUACCUCCCCAGCCCAGCAUCCCCACACAGCCCUCCUCUCAGCCCACCAGCCCACAGAUCAUCAGCCCCGUGACAACCAGCCCCCAGUUCAACGUCAACAUCACUUUGCACAUAGGUAAUGGGUCUUGUGGGGCACCGUCCUUCGUGCCUUCAGACUUGAUGCAAGCAGACUGCACGCUCCCUUUUGGAGAGGAGGAGUCCUUUGGCACCCCACAGCAAGAAGCUGGCAAACAGUCAGUGAUGUCUGUGCAGGAGAGUGAAAGCUACAGUACAUGAAGAGUCAUCUGCAUGUAAGACUGACAAUUUCAAAAAAAAAUCUUUGUCAUAGUACAAGAUUGAAAACAAUCUGGCUAAGCUAACAAAAUGCAUACCGUAGGUAUGGCAAGUUUAAUGAGGGCAGGCACAGUUCUUCUGUUCCCAUAUCAAAGUCAUUAACUGUUACCUUAAGUGUUAAUAUGUGUAUAUAGAUUUCUGUAUAUAAAGAUGUAAAUAUUGUCUUACCUUUAGUGCUUACCAAACAAUAGAAAAAUAAAAAGGAACAUAAAUUAUAA